UCUCUCAGGAAUUUGAGUGGGACCUCAAGGGCAAACCUUUGGACCCAGGCUCAGAGCUCCAUGUGGUGGUCAAGGAUCGCGAGAAAAUGGGCAGAAACAGAUUCCUGGGGGAGACCUGGGUGGCUCUGCGGGAAAUCCUCAGCUCCCCAAAUCUGGCAGACUCCUUUACUGUCUCUUUGCAGGAUGCCAAGAGGAACAACACUGGGGCCACACUGUCCCUGCAUGUCUCCUAUAUAGCUCCCCCAGGCAUGGCACCUAUUUUCCAGCCCCUUCCUCAACCAGAGCCCCAGCAUGUUCCUCAGGAGCUGGACACCGUCACAGUGUUUUCCAUGGACACCAUCGGGGAGGAAGACACAGAGAGCAUGAUCACCAUGGAAACCACUGAGGACCCGGAGCCCGUGACAGGACCCCAGGGACCGGAGGCACCCACUUCCCCACCGAAGAAGACCCCCCCGAAUAUGUACCAGGGCAUGAAAAAGAAGAAGCGUCAGCCAAACAGACCUCUGUUACCUAACAGACCCCAGGACCUACAGGCACGGGUGAGGAUCAUAGAAGCAAGACAGCUGCCAGGAGUCAACAUAAAACCAGUCGUCAAGGUGACUAUUGCAGGAAAAACAAAGACAACCCGGAUUCAAAAAGGCAACAGUCCCUAUUUUGAUGAGACCUUCUUCUUUAACUUCUUUGAGAGUCCCUCAGAGCUUUUUGAUGAAACCGUCUUUAUCACAGUGUUUAACUCCAAGUCCCUUCGCACUGAUUCUGUGAUUGGAGAAUUUAAGCUUGAUGUGGGAACAAUAUACACAGAAAACAGUAAGCCACUCAUUUUUAAAAAAAUAUAUAAAAUUAGAUCAUAAAAACAAACCAACAAGUGAUUUUGAGUCUUAUUUUGAUCAGAUACUUUAUUGGACUAAUUAUUAUUUUCACAGGCUGCUCAGUAUCUUUACAGACUAGGCUAAAAUGUUAAUGCUGUGUAUGUCACGUUUCACAGCAUUUCACUGUGAAUUGUCUUUCAUUGACCUCUGUGGUGGAUAAUGUAUUAUUGUUUAUUGUCUUUUGCUGGUUUUAAGUUCUAAAUAAGCAUGUCUGCCACAUGAAUACAAAAAUUGCCAUAUGAAUAUGAAAAUAUUCUAUAGUGAUAUGGAAACACAGCACGUAAAUAAGAUUAGAAAUCUAGCAAAAACUAUCAUGAAUACAUGCAAGCAGCAUGGUGUUUAGCACUGCUUCACCCUCGUGUAGAGUGAUCACCUUCUGUGUGCUUUAGGACAUGCUGAUCACCUUCUGUGUGCCUUAGGGCACCCUCAUGUAGACUGAUCACCUUCUGCGUGCCUUAGGACACC